AAAGGGAAAAAAACUUAUCAUAAAAGGGGAGGGAAGAAGACAUACUGGCAUACGGACAGAGUUGAUUGAAUUCGUUUGCAAAGGGGAUAUAAAAGCUACAAUAAAUUGUCGUGUGUGUAUUACUUAUAUUUACAGUGUAAGUGUAAACGUGCUGUAUUAAAAGACGAGGCAGGGUUACGUUUUCAAUGACACUGGAUUUUGAUUCUCACUUGAAGUAGGUUGUUGUAUUUUAACAUCAAUUUCUGCCUCCUUUUUAAGAUAUAAAGGUAUGAAAACAUAUGACUAAUACAUAGACCACGAAACCCUCCAAAAAUUUCCAACCACUAUAGUGUAAGCUAAACGUAGGCGAGUCACAUGCUUACACCAAACCCUCUGCAGACCACAGUCAUCUCACGAACUUUUGCACCAGAGUAAAAUAACUACUAAUUUUCUAUAAAAUACUUAAAAAAAUUUAACAAAAAAGCAAUAUUGUAAAGGAUUGAAUUAACGAAGCAAAAAUUAAUCUCGCGUGUCCUCGUGCCACCCCCGCCUCUUCCCCGUUGGUCCAGACUGGAUCAGAGCGCUGCCGCAUCAGCGGACGAUAUCGAGGCCGGGCCGCUGCGCCCCUCCACCAGCCGCAUGUUCCUGCACACCGCUAUCAGAGCGACCAUAAGAAAUGUGCCGAGGGAAUGCAGGGGACAUAAACCUUUUUUUUUGCAUAGCCGCCUAUCAAAAACGGACUACCUUACCAAAGCAUUCGUUUAAAACUGCUGGCUGAAAUCACUGCAAGCUAGCAGCAACAUCACUUGGCAACACAGGGAGACGUGUUCCUGAGCUGACCACCACGUACGUUUCUGUUUGCUGGAUGACAGACUCCAAAACGUACGGAUGCAGAUAUUUUAUUUGAAGUAGUUGGAAUACACGGACGCUUCUGCUGCUCUUUUGGUAGACUGGUUGUAAUGUCUAACUGUUUUGCAGUCAGCACAAUCAAGGUGACGACAGCUAACGUUAGCCCGUUAGCUCACGAGCUAUUUGGGUAGUGUGAGACAGGGAAAUAGAUAACGCAUUGAGUUAGAUUUUGAAAUAUAUUCGGUGAGGAAACUAAAGGAACAAGCACGCGCGAAGUGUGUACAUUUUUUGUCUUCAGGCUGCACUUCCUCAUUGGAUAACAGUGCUCGUCACCGAUGGUGUGAGGGAUACCAGGAGAUGCUUGAUAUCUGGUGAAAACUUGACAUAUCUGUGAGAACUGGGUAAUGUUACAUAUUCAACUCGCACGCUUUUUUCGCGAUUGUUAACUCCAUAAAAACCCAUGUGGGGUGACAUUUUGAUAGAGGCCAGUGGUAGGUGCCAAGCAAUAUUGUUAUAGCGUCACAAUGUAGACAUUAUUUUACACACUAGCGUCUAUUUGUCCAACAACACAGCUGCAUGGAUCAGGUUGAAGACUUCUGUUAAAGAGUCCUACAUCAGAUUUGCACACACGGGUCCUGAAGCGCUGGUAGCCGAGGUCAGAGUGUAUGCAAAAGCUUUGGACGGACUGAUGAUUCACCCUAUGGAAAUAUGAGCAAGUAACCCUCAUGCAACGAGGCUACUGCGAGCAAUUCCCUACCGCAUACAAGUUAUUAAAACGCCAGUUUCUUCAAAAGCCCCGCGGUUCCCGAUGGUGAAACUACCCAGCGACGGUUUCAUGAGCAGCAGAAGAAAGCCGCCCGUUCUCGGGUUGCCUCUGAAGUCGAGCUGACAGAAACUGGUGGGGUUUGUUUGAAAGGGUUGAGCAGGGCGUGACCGCACUUCGUUUAAAUGUUACAUGCAACACUGUAUAUAUUAGCAAAGCUCACUAUGAACGCGGGCUGCAAUUUCUACGUCAAUCCAUGUGGAUGACACCGCCGCUGUUUAAAGCCAACCAGCGGUAUCGAAACGCUCGAAAAAUUGGUAUAUCAAAUUAAAUUAACAAAGAGCGGGAUUGUAAGUCAUGUAACUGGCUCCACAUGACCGGACUGGGCUCCCCCUAGUAAUGUCUAGGGUGUCAAAUCUUUUUUUAGUCCGUGUUGUACGCGCACGUGUAGAUGUAUAGCGUAGUUCUUUUGGCGUCGUCGCCGUGACAGUUUCUGGUUGCUAUGGCAUUUUUAAACGGCCCCCGACUGCUGGACUGGGCAAACUCUCCUCCACAUUUACAGUUCAACAGAUAUGUCCUGACCGGCUAUAGACCUAUCUCCUCCGUCCAGGAGUGCAUUAAAAGUCUCUUCUAUCUGCACAAUGAGCUGGGGAACAUCUAUACUCAUGGAAUCCCUCUGCUCUGCUUCCUGGUGCUGCUACCACUCAACAUCCCCUGGUCUCAGAUCAGCGUGACGUGGCUCGGCGUGGUGCACUUCCUUGCCUGUUUGUCUCCGCAGCUGGGAUCAGUGGUCUACCAUCUCUUCAUGAACCAUGAGGGCGGUGAGCCUGUCUACAAAAGGCUGCUUACGCUCGAUAUGUGCGGAAUCUGCAUGAUCAACACGCUAGGAGCUCUGCCCAUCCUGUACAGCACUCUGCUCUGUUACCCCUUCAUACGCACAGUGGCUCUGCUGAUAUACAUCCUGCUAUCCAGUUACGCCAUCUACUGUGCCAUCACAGCACGCAGCAGAGUGCGACGCCUGCGUUCCUUUGCCUGGCAAGCACUUUUCCGCUUCUCGUUUUUCCUACUGCGUUGGGCGGGUGUGGGCGGAGGGAGUCCCACCUCGUUGCGUCACUUCGUCACCAUGGAUGCACUAGCGGUGUUGGGCGGGGUCAUAAAUAUCACCCGGAUUCCCGAGCGUUUCCGCCCGGGCUUAUUUGACUACUGGUGCAACAGCCAUCAGAUCAUGCAUGUCCUGGUGGUGGUUUCUAUACUGUACCUGCACUGGGGGGUACUGGACGAUCUACUGUGGAUCAACAGCCAUGACUGUCACUCUGACUGAAAGUGGCCCUGCUGGUCUGGAUUUGUGGGGCGUGAGGACCUCUUUUAGUAAUGAAAAAUAUCGUAAUCGGGCUUGGAAGGGGUGGGGGUGGCUGUUGUGCUUUGUAUAUAUAUAUGUGCACGAAAGAAGUGUUUUACAUGUUUUUAGGGGACACCAGUGCCAGCCUCGACACACAUGCUUGUUUGUGGUGUCAGAAUGUACAUAUCUGUGUUUGCAUAAACAUUGUCUGUGCAUGGCACUGUUAGGAUCUAUUAUCUCAAACAGAGGCAGGUUAUUUAUUUAUUUAUUUUAUUUUAGACUUAAGUGAUCUGUAAGCUUACACUUACAUUUAUAUGUACACACACACACGAGCAUACACAUGGGAUCUGACAUUAUGUGAUGUCAUAUGUUCACCAGCAUUGAAAGUGUUUAUUAAAUAGCCUCUAGCCUUUUGUUGUUCUGAAAAAAUGAGACGAAAUCGAGCCCAUAAAUGAUUGGCUCUCAGAUUUACACCAUCACUUAAUCAAAUAGUCAAAUAAUCAAAUAAUAUUACUCGAAAUAGCUGUUUGAAAGCAUGGCUUUUUGGAAAACAGUUUAUUCUCAAUUUUGCUGGUGACACAAACAAGAGAUUACUAGUGCAGAAAUAAUGUAUGCACUGAAUUAGACAACCUGUUACACUAUUACAGACUAUGCAGCAUAUCAAAUGUUACAGCAUUGCUCACGGCUAAUGACACACACACACACAAAUAUACUGCAUGACAAGUCUCGCAGCAACAGUUACUGGAAAUACUUGAGUUCACUUUUUUUAUCACAUUUUUCUGUUGUCUUGGUAUGGGUCCAUAUUUAUUGUGUGAAAGGCAAAGGGGUCAUGCUUUGGUUUGUAGCCGUGCCAUUUGUAUGUUUUCUGGCUGAUUAAAGAUGUCAGGUGCACUUUACUCAGUAUAUGCUUGUUAAUGUCUAUAAAGGUCGCCAUGUGGAAAGUUACACUACAAUAAUAACCUGCAGAGAAUGUUUUCUCUGCUGUGCCACUGUAUAGUCUAGUUCACCUCUGUCCAUUCGGUUUUAUUAUCCUAAUCUGCGAGAUUGGAUUUUGUACUUAUUUCAUUUAUUUUGGGGCUUUAACCUUAACUGCGUAACCUUGGAUUCAACACUAGGCAAACUAUUUAAUAAUCGUGUUCUGUUUGCUCAAAGGCAUCAAUACUCUUCCGGACAUCUUCUGCCAUUAUGUUGAUGUUAUCAUAGGUUGGAGGAAUUUUACACGUGCCACUAGACGAUAAAUUCCCCCAGUGAAGAUAAAUGUUGUCAUUGCGUCGGUACUGCUCACUUGAGCCCAAUUGAUGCCAUAUAUUUUUAUCGAAGCAACUCAUCAGAGUGUUUUUAAGCUUUUAUAUCAGCUCAUGUUAAUGGCAUGAUUUGGAUUGCGUAUAAUGCAGAAAGGCUGUACGUUUUAAGUCUAGGUACUAGAAAACGUCAGGUUGAUGGAGCUGUUUACAAGCUGAACAGCAAUCAUAUUCUACUCUAUAUCUACUUGAGAAUGUGAUUUAGUGUUAAGUAAAUCAGUUCUUAUUGCGGAUUGCACUAUGGAGAUGUUGUACCAAAUGGAUCGUAUUAUACGCCUGCAGUUUUUGCACAGAUUUGUAACCCUUAGACUGCUUAUGCACUACUGAGCAAAACAAACCAAGGAUGACUCCUCUGACCCUUCCGACUUUAUUUGUUUUAUUUCAUGGAUAAACACAACAAAGUGUGAUAGAUUCAUUGAGAUGUAUCUAUCACAAUGUAGCUUUUAAAAUAAACAUCAAUGAGGCCAGCUAUUAAUUUAUCACUGACCCCAUCAUUUUACAUUUUUUAUGAUGUCAUUUCUGUUUAAAAUAUGUUUUAUUUAAAUUAUGUUUGAAGAGACCAACUACUACUGCUAGAUUUUUUAUAUUGAUCCGUUAGGAAUCGCGUAUCUUCAAUACACAACCACACAUUACAUCAACCAAUAGCACUGGUCAGAUGUAUAAGUGUAAAAUCAGUGCAUGUUAGAUAGAAUGUUGCUCAGAUGUAUCUGACAAACAAACACCAACAUAAAUAUACUCUAUGCCAAAUUUGAGACUUCAGGUGUCUGGUGAAGGUGUUUUAAAUGCAAGCCGCUGUCACACAAUAUCUUACAGAUUUUUAACGCAAGUCCCUCCUAAGAGUGCCCAGUAACCCCAACCCCUUUAAUGUUUUGAAAUAAAAUGACAAACAUUAGAUGUUACCGAAUUAGAGUGGUGCAUGUAAAUAGAUAGAACACUGAUAAAUCGAUCCCCUUAAAUGCAACAUAGGAUUUGCAGAUUUCUAAUGCUUGUAUGCAAUGCAACCACUGACAUACUGUAUGUGCUUAAUGUGCAGUAACCGAGCUAAUACAUCAGAUAUAACUGUCUAAUGAAAGGGAACGGAAUGAUAUAAAGAGAGCAGCCUAGAGGCAAUAUAACCAUAUCAAAUAAUUAACUGCACUGUUUAUUUUAUUUACCAAAAGGGCUUUGGGACAAAGUAAGAACCAGAACUUAAAGUCCAUAUGGGUAAUGUAAAUACCUGUAUGUAGACUGUAUAUGCAUAAAAUGAAAGCAGCAUACAUACUGACAUUUUUAUAUUCAAGUUAAUAUAUGAAGCAACAAUUAAGAAAAUAUAUGAAUGUUUAUGUAUUUCAGAUGGUGAUGCUCAAUAUGAAUUGUCCAGUAUCCUUUCAAAGAGAUAGUAGAGAUUGGUCAUUUAAUUAUUCAGUAAACAGUUCAAAAGUCAUUGAAAAGCUAAAAUUGUGAUAUCACAAUGACAUCGGUUAUGGUUGGGGUCUGACAGGAGAGUUGUUUAUGCUGUUUAGAGUGAUUAGCAUCAUAGUAAUGUGCCUGUGUGUAAUGUGUGUCUCAUAGUAUUUUGUUUUACGAUUAGUGGACUGUAGUUUAUUUCAGUUUAGUUACGUAAUUUUUUUAACGUAAAGUUAGGAGAGGUCGCAAUAUAGACGUUUUGGUUUGAGAUGAGCGGUCUUAAUAUGUUCAUACCUCUGAAACACACUGGAUAACUAUGCAUAAUUAAAAUAUGUACAUGUAUAUAUAUAUACACACACACACACACACACACACACACACACACGUUUGUACAUGUGAAUUCCAAAAAGGAGAUGUUUUACCAGUCCUGAAAAGAAACAAUCUGUGUAUUAACACUAACAUGUUUUGCUCAGAGUGACAUCUUUACCAUGCCAUCCUGGGGUUUCUACUUCUCAGGGUGCCCUGUCAGUGCUCACUUCUACCGAGUGACCUCAACAACUGAUUUCGGGCCAGUUUUCUUUUCAUCCUAUUGUCUUUUUUCGCUUGUUCUGCUUGAAAAGACUGAAACAAUUAUGGUUUCAUAGUUAUUUGUUAUGAGGGACAGAGGUCACAAUGGCAUAUCAGGCGUCUGGACCGUGCAUCCUAUUUGAUGCGUAUUGCCUUUGUUGGGGAUUGAAUGUGUCCGUAAAUGCUUAUCAAGAAUGUGUUUCUUUUUGUAGUUAAUUAAGAACUGUAAGAAUGUGCAGAGCAUGUUAAACUUGAACAGAACUCUAUAGAGGAAAUGGAUUGCAUCACAAACCAUGUUUUAGAUGAGGAUCAAGGAUGUUCUCAUGGAUGAUGUUCUCCUGUCUGUAUAUUCUAAUGUCCUGUGUUAAAAAAAUAACGACAUGGUGUGUGAAACUAUAAUAUUUUUUUCUUAGUAUGCAGGUGCUGGAUAGCCUGUUAAUAAUUUAUGACUCAUCAUUAGUUUUCACAUUAUUAUAAUGAUGGAUACAUUGUUAUUCUUACUAUUAAUCUGAAAUGGAGCCACUGUCGUUGAUAAUCUAAAUUUACGUACAAAGGCUGAGAAAACUAGUGCACAUAGGGUGACAGAAGGUACCUGAAAGAUCUGUCGAGUUUUGUUUACACACUGUCCAAUAUACUUUUGUUUCUGUUGAAUUUGAUUACAACUUGCCGCCAUCUUGUGGCCACGAGGCUGUAGUGGCGCUCGUGCGUUUAUAGCGGCGUUGUUUUCAGUUCAAGUGUUGACCUUUGGAAAGAUUUCAGGCCAUUAGGUCAUUCGCUGAAAUCCAUGCACAAUUCAUCUUUAUUUAUUGUUGUUUUUUAUUCAUUGUAGUGCUCUACUUACAUGUCUGUAAAUGGUUUUAUCUACAAGUGUGUAUGAUAGUUUAUUUUAUGGGCCUAGUUUAUACGUUUGUCCAAGGUUACAUUUGUUCACACAGACAGAUCUUCCAAACCCCACAGUCUCCUGCAGCGAUUGUGCAAUAAAUUGAGGUUUAUAUUUUUAAACUUGUCUUUGACUCUCCUUUUUACCAUUUAUUUCAUACGACCACUGACGAGAACCGUAUGUCUACUUGUUUA